AACUAUCAAUCUUUCAUCCCGUCGAAAAUCUAAGCCGCUUCCGUCGAAGAUUCUCUCUCGCUCACAGUUAAGUAAUGGCGACUAUCAUGGUGGAAGAUACAACUUUCGAGGACUAUCAGUUAUCGUCCAUGCCCACUGACGCCAUCUCUAGAGCUUUCAGGCUUCUUGACAACGAAAUUUGGAUUAUGAAGUGGAAGUCCGAUCUUUCAUCCCCAUCCCCUCACCUUUUUUGGGAAAAGUUGAAGAGGAUGAAUCUCAAAUCGAAGUCUUACAAGGAGAAAAUAAAGGAGAAUCAAGAGAAGAUUAAGUUCAACAAACAGCUUCCUUACUUGGUUGGAAACAUUGCGGAGAUUCUUGAGAUGAACCUAGAAGAUGAUGCAGAAGAAGAUGGUGCUAACAUUGACCUCAACUCGCAAAGAAAAGGGAAAUGUGUAGUCCUAAGGACAUUUACUCGUCAGACUAUUUUCCUUCCCGUGGUUGGUUUGGUUGACCCUGACAAGUUGAAGCCUGGUGACUUGGUUGGAGUCAACAAAGAUAGUUACUUGAUCCUCGACACUUUACCAUUGGAGUAUGAUUCGCGAGUAAAAGCGAUGGAGGUUGACGAGAAGCCUACCGAGGACUACAUGACAUUGGAGGUUGGAGAAGCAGAUUCAAGAACUAGUAGAGGCCAUUGCAUUUCCCAUGACUCAUAAAGAGAGGUUUCAGAAGUUGGGCAUCCGUCCCUCGAAGGGAAUUCUCUUGUAUCAUACUCCUGGUACUGGUAAAGCGUUGAUGGCUCAUGCAUGUGCUGCACAAAUGAAUGCCACUUUUUUUAAAGCUGGCUGGCCCACAACUUAUCCAAGUAUGGCUUUCUCGCCCCUUUCUUUGCCCCUUUAAGUAUUUCUGUAUUCCCUUUUGGAGAAUGACAAUUUCUUGAUAUAAACAGAGACUAAUUGUGAGUUAUGUUGUGUAGAUGUUCAUCAGUGAUGGAGCAGAACUUGUCCGAGAUGCAUUUCAACUUGCAAAAGAGAAGUCACAAUGCAUUAUUUUCAUUGAUGAAAUUGAUGCAAUUGGGACGAAGCAUUUCGACAGGUAUGUUGUUUUUCUCACAAGAUAUCAUGGCAUUUCUAUCUCCUUGUGUUAUUGAGACAUGUUGAAAUAUCUCAACUGAUUUCUAGUUGUGUUUGGUCUGCAGUGAAGUAAGUGGCGAUAGGGAGGUACAAAUGACCAUGUGGAAUUGCUUAACCAGCUCGAUGGAUUUAGCAGCGAUGAUCGAAUUAAGGUUUGUUCUUUCCCUAGAAAUUUAUGCUAAUAACUAUGGCUUGUUUGUUGUAAUUAACAAAAUGCCUUUUUUAUUCAGCUGAUUGCUGCAACAAAUCGAGCUGAUAUGUUGGACCGUGCUCUUAUGCAUUCUGGUCGUUUGGAUCGUAAGAUUGAGUUCCCCCAUCCGACUAAAGAAGCUAUAGCCUGGAUCUUGCAGGUUUAUUAUACCCUAAUACUUUCUUUAAUUGCAGGGAGAGAUGGAACUAUGGAAAGUUUCUGACAUUUCCAGCUUCUCUGAUAUAUGUAGAUCCACUCGAGGAAAAUGAAUGUUCAUCCUGAUGUCAACUUUGAGGAACUAGGCCGUUCGACGGAUGACUUCAAUGGGGCACAGCUGAAAGCAGUGUGCGCCGAAGUCGGGAUGCUUGCACUUCGACGGGAUGCAAGCGAGGAGAAUCAUGAGGAUUUCAAUGAAGGCAUAAUCCAAGUGCAAGCCAAGAAGAAAGCAAGCUUGCAUUACUAUGCCUGAGUGAGUGGAGAGAAUAUCAUUAGAAGAUUUGAGUGUGUUUUCACCUUGCACCAUUUAUUAUUGCUUUCUUCUCUCCUUUCGUUUGACAUUUUUAUUAUGCGGUGAACUUGAAGUGUGCUUGUGUAGCGAAUAUUGCAACAUUAGACUUUAGAUGGUGACCGACGACUCUUUCACAAGUAGCAACUCCUGCAAAACUCUCAACUUAUCCUGCAGUUUAGCAGAGCAAGAACAACAAAUUACGAUUGUAGUUUGGUGUUGAAAUAAUUUUGGUACGAUGUUGAGUGACGACCAUUACACAAGUAGCAACUCCUACAAAACACUUGGCUUAUUCUGUUGUAUAGCAGAGUAAGAACAACAAACUACUAUUCUAAUUUGGUAUUUGAAACAAUUUCGGUACGAUGUUAGAUACUGAUGAAAAACUUGAUAAACCUUUUCAGAUGGAGAGAUUUGGGUCCUAGUAAGAAGUCAUUUCAAGGUUUAAUGAACAUUGAGCUUGUGGGUAUGACAGAGCAGAUCGACCUGGGAUGUUGGUUAUGAACAGGUUAUUGAAAAUGUUACAAACUCGUUAGACCUCUUCAGAUUAGUAGAUUCGGGUCACUAUACAGACCACUUCUUCUACCAUCUCAAGGGCAAAAAUGGACAUGCCAUCUUGCUCAUAUUAAGUAAAUUUAGGAAUCGAGGGAUUUUUUUUCCUAGAAUACACACGUUUUUUUUUAAAUACACACGUUUUAUGAGAAAUUCUCAAUCUACACAUGUUUGAGCAUCACCGCGGUUGACGGUCGCGGUGAAGGCUUCACCGCGUUUGUCGGCCGCGUUGAAGGUCUGACCUAAGGCAGAAACUUCAAACGAACGUAACUUUGCGCUUGGUUAUCCGAUCCUAGCGAAAUAGUUUUUGAUUCCACAUAACUUUUCAAGAUCUUUUAAACUGAAAUAGUUUUUGUUUGCUACCCCGAACGAUCAAUUUUUCAAUUUCGACAAACUUUGAAAGACCAUAACUUUGUGCUCCGCAAUCCGAAUGUCAUGAAACUUUUUUUGAUUUCACAUAAAUUUUUAAGGACUACAACUUUUAACAUAACCAUAAUUUUGGAAUGUAUGUGGAUUUGUGAAAUGUAAAGGCAAAGUUAUUCCCAAAAUCCCGUAUACCCAAAAAUAUAUUUUUUAAAAAAAUUAUUUCCUAGUAAAAGUUGUAGUUAUAUAAAAGUUAUGCGAAAUAAAAAAAAACUUUAUGACGUUCGGAUUGAGGAGCACAAAUUUAUGGCCUUCCAAAGUUUGGCAAAAUAAAAAAAAAAUUGCUCGUUUGGAGUAGCAAACGACAUUUUUUUGGAGCGUAAAUGCCACAUUUGGUCACUAAGAUUACUAAAUCGUGUCAUGUUUAGUCACUAGAAAAUUUUCAUAUUAAUUUUGGUCACUCGAAUUACUGAAACAGGUCACAUUUGGUCACUCUUCUGUAGCCUCUAUCCAACUCCGGUCACUCGAAUUAUUGAAACAUGUCACAUUUAGUCAGUUGGAUUACUGAAACAUGUCACAUUUAGUCUCUCUCCCAAAAGUUUCAGUCCAAUAGUUGUGUGACUUAUGUUCAAUAACAAACCCAAACUCUUAGUUGUCUGCUAUCAGUACAAAACUCAAACUUUUGAUAGAGUGUCAUUUCUAUCAUAAAGUAUUAGAAUAGGAUGAUUUUGACAUCAAGUUUGUCGUCAUUACGUUGAUUAUUAAUGGUCAACAUCAAAAUAUUGAUUAGUGAUGUGUUGCCUCACAUGAAAUUUUGUAUUUAAAAAUAUUACUUCAAAAUAAACACUUCAAAAGAGUGAUGAAAAAAUUCUGAUUCUAAUACGACCCUGGGGUGUAUAUUUUCAAAGUCACGCAACUAACGAAUCAAUCGAAGGAUCGAUUGAGCCCGAAUGAAGCGUUCUUAAUACGAACUUGGAUAAAACGUAACCAAAAGUGCAAUUCCACACCUGGGGAAAGGCUCGAUUGGUUUAAUGAUAGAUGCUCGACCAUGAUCAACACGUUCUUGAUCGAUACAAGAGCUCAAAGAGUUUGGAAUCCACCAAAGCUCUCACAAGUUCGCAAACUUGCAAAAGCCUAACGGUUUCAAUUCAAUUCAAUCAACUCUAACGAUUACAAUGCAAAAGACGAGUUUAAAUAAACCAAGAUACGUCUAACAAACUAAUAAGGAAGUCUAAACACAAUACAACUCGAUAAGGAAUCAAAAUCUAACAAUGAAAUGAAAUCCUAGUUGAAUUAGGAAAGCAUAAUUCUGUUUCUCAAAGGCAGAUUUUUGUGACUUUGUACGAUCUUAGAGUAUGUUCAAAGCCUUCUAAGUAUCCAUUCUUCUAUCCAAUGCCUUCUCCUUGUAGAAAAAAGUACAUACUUUCAUGUGGUAGAACCCUCUUGACUUGAAUCUGAUCCAUGCUCCUCGAAUUGAGCACCAAAGUAGGCUUCAUGACCACACAUUUAUACUUGGACAGAUUCUGACAGUUUUCCUAUUUUGAGGUAGCAACUUUGAGACCUUGGAAAACAACCUUAAUGACUUCUUCUUGAGAAACCAAGCAUACCAAUGUGUAGAUAAUCACUUCGUGUUCAAUACAAGCCAUUAAACUUGAAUUUCCAUUGAGCCAAUUGUGAGAUGCAUGCUUGCAAAGUAGGUACCCUGAACACGGAUUUUGACACAGCCAAAUUCUGCCCUUCUUCUUCCCAACCUUGAUAGCUUCUUUGGCAAUCAAUAAAAACGUGUAGAGUUGGCCAAUUUUGAUCAUAUCAGAUUCCAUUUCCCAAAAAAAUUUCUACUUCUAACAACAGCUCCAAAUUCAUCUCCUCGUCGGUUGUAAAUGCUAAAAAUGCCCUUUGAUCUUCAACCUUCCUUUUCUCCCCUACGUCAACAUCUCCGCCACCACCGCUUGAGGCUGAUGGACUUUAACAAUUGACUAGUGGAGGCUUUCAAACUUUGUCAAGCGAGUUUGAUGACUCGUUGUUUGGUCUCAAUUUGGUCUCAAACAUCUCCUCUAGAGCAGCAGCAGCAACAACAACAACAACAACACCAAUCCUAUGGAUUUGGAUGACAAUAGGGGCAAAGGCGGUGGAGGGUAGGGGAUUGUUGAAGAAGGGAAUGUGUUUGAUACAAUUGGGGAAUUAGAGCUGGGGUUUCAAACACUAGUCACAAUUUGGGGGCUUUUCCUGCUUCAGGCUUCGUCGAAGUUAAUGGGAAUGACAGAACUGCUGGUGACUUAAUAGGCAUUAGAUAUGCAACACUCUCCCUAGUUCGUUUAAUGGAAACUAUUUUGAUAUGCAACAAUAUCCCUAGUCUGUUUAAUGGUAAUUACUUUCUAAGUUCCGUGUGCUUUAAGAUAUCACCAAGCUUGUUGACGACAACGUAGUAGUCGAGGCUAGCAUGAAACAACCUAAGUAUCGUUGUUUUUCUCCUCCUCUUCUUCCUUUUCAUCCAACUUCAAAUCCUCCUUUCCUCUCUUCUCAUUGACUUCCUCUUCAGCUGGAAACUCUACUUACGCAUAAUCUGUACAAAAUUAGCCCAAUAAGCUAACUAGCAAAACUAGUUGAGCAAACUACCAACCACAAUUGUAUAAUUGAUGAAAACACCAUGAUCUUUGGUAAAACUCGACAUCCCUUCAUUUAAGAAGAAUGGUGUUAUUUUUGGCUUCUUCGAGCGACAAUAUUCUUCUGAUCACAGGAAAGACCUGCCAAUGGUGAGUUGGACCAGAUUGAAUAUAAAUUGAUUUUAAUUUCUCUUUAGAUGGCUAGGAAAAACUCAUAGUUCAAAAAUGUAUUUGUGUUUUAACUCUUGAUAUUGGUAGGAGAUAAACUUGCAUGUCAAUUAGUUUCCACCAAUACCUUAUGAUGCCUAGUGAAUACAAAUUAGAGAAUUGGGUGACAAUAUAGUUAUUCAUCCAAAUAUAUAAAGUUACUAUUACAUGGUAGGAAAUUAAAAGUUCUAUAACUCAUCUGAAUUAUUAUGCGAAUUAUAUUCAAAAGCCAAAACUGAAUUGCACCAAUUAUGCGUGUGUUCGUUUUCAUGGGAUCAAUAUUGUUCAAAUAGAACACACAAAUCCGCACUUUAUCGAGUCAUGAGAUAAUUGAUCGGAUUGUAUGCUUUAAUAACACCUAUACAUACAUACUUAAUUUAUUUGAAUGCUAAUAUAAAAUUUAGUCUUACUUAAGUCAAUAAGGCUCCGAUUGCACACACCAAACCAGAGCUCCUCAAUGAGUUUGAAAAACACAGAAUUUCAGUCUUGGUCAUUUUGUUGUACGAUUUGUUAGCAAAGCAAGCAUUCGAUUCUUUACUAGCUGUGGAAAUUCUAGGCCUAAUCUUGUCCUCUACAGCGGUGUCCACAAUUUACGUAGGUGAAGAACCACAAACGACUGAAUUGUUGGUGUUGAUGGCAGCAGUGCAGAAUGUUCAAGAAGCUACAAGACUCCUCGAUGGUAAAGUAACGGUUUUUGUGACAGUCAACUUCGCAGACCUAAUCACUCUGUCAUUGUUCCUUCCAUUGUUGCUUCACUUCCUGAAGGAAGUCGCUCUCUUCUCAUGGUCAAGUUUCACAUUUAUGAGUACUAUAAGACGUACAAAUAUCCACAGUCAAUAAACUCGAACGAAGUCACAACCACACCUUUGUACCUCAUGAUCCAAUAAGGAAAUGAUAUUACAACAUCUUUGAUCUUACGCUGACCGUCGUCAAUGAUGUCUUCAAGCAAAAUUCGUGCUUCCGAUCGCAAGGACAGAGCUACGAAUUGUGAGUUGGACCAAAUUGAACCGAAAUUGAUUUCAAUUUCUCUUUGGAUGGAUAGGAACAAAUCAUAGUUCAAGAAUCCAUUUGUGCUUUAGCUCUUUUGAUAUUGGUAGUUGAUAAACUUCUACUUCAAUUAGUUUCUACCAAUACCUCAUAAUGCCUAGCGAAUGCAAUUCGAGGAGUUGGGUGAAUUUUAGUUGUUCACCCAAGUAAAUAGAGUUCCUAUUACAUGGGUGGAAAUCACAAGUUUUAUAACUCAUCAGAAUUAUUGACACGCUAUGACAAAACACUAAACUACGACCAAGUAUAAUCACAGAAUGGAAAUGGAGAAUAGUGGUUCAGGUUAAAUUAUCGACUCGGGCUCUAGAUCUACUGCCUACUCCGUGAACCUCUAUUAUCUAGCGGGACUGAGUGAGUGAAGUGAUUUCAAAGCAAAAGAAAUGAAAAGCAAGUAAUGUGCUGGCUCUUUUCAGGUGCUAAAGCUCAUUCAGGUAUAGUUCCCCCCUAGUAUGCAGCUAGUUUAGGUUAUAAGUUCUUGAUUCACUCAUAUUGACAAAUAAACCGUGGAAAGUUCUUUACUGGUCUGGAUUCUCGACUAAAGUUAUCCAGACCCUCUCGGUUCGAAUACCCGAUGUGCGACUAACCUCCACCGGCAUACACUAACCGAGGCUAAACACAUGACACUUCCUCUACUGCGUGCGCUUACUCCACUACAAAGCAGUGAAUUGACUUCUCGACUAAAGCAGUCGAUUCACCACUUUCAAUUAAAGGUUUCUCUUUUAACCUAUCCAGAGACUAUCGUUCUAGGUUAAAGACGGAUUUAUAUAGGUUUGAUAAGGACUCAUGCAAUUCUAAAUAACUCCUCAAUUGAAUUCAUCAAAUCAGUCAUUCGCAAGUGGGCUUCAUACAAUCAUUCCUAACAUACACAGCUAGGGUUCUUCAUACCCAAAUGAAAUGGAAAAUUACUCCAUGGAGAGAUGUGAGAACGUCAUGCUCAGAGAAGACAUCAUCAAAACGACAAUGGGAAUUGAUAGACUGAUAAUUGCACAUGUUUUUACCCCUAUUCUUGAGCCGUUUGAGAUGUUGAUUCUCAUGUUUUAAGCCGAUUUCACGCGAGGUUGUACGUUUAUGUCAUAUUUCAGGACCCGGCGUUGAAAUCGAGGCGAAGGAACGAGAUUCGGGUCGAAAGGAGCAAGUGAGGCUUGAAGUGUGCAGGAGAGCAAAAAUACCCGGCAAUGAGCAGAAAUACCCGACCGGGUAUUAUCUGGCCAUGACCGGGGAUUUUUGGCUUUGGGUGUCCGUGAGAAACAGAAGGGGGCCCGUGCAGGAGGCAAAAAACCCCGGUCGGGGAUUCUUGGGCCAGACCGGGGAUUUCCCCUGAGGCAAAAACGGUGUGUUUCAAUUAUACCCGGUCGCGACCCAAAAUACCCGACCGGGUAUCGCGACAGUCAGCCUUUGAAAGGAAAAGAAGGCCAAAAAUCAAGGGUUCCGAGUUUUAGAGAGACAGAGCGAUUCCUAGAGAGAGAAAGCGACGAACCAGAGUUCCCAAGUGCCAUAGCUUGAUCUUCAUCACCAUUGGAGCCCGGCUUGAGCUUGGAGAAGUGACGAUUGACAACCAGGAGCAGAAACUCAUCCUUCACAGUAUGAUUUCCGCGUCUGAAUCUGCUUUUGCUUCUCUCUCCAUGGAGUAGUUUUCCCAUUCAUCUGGGUAUGGAGAACCCUAGAUUUGUAUGUUAGGUCUGAUUGUAUGAACCCAAUGAGUUGAUUAUAUUUGAUUGAGGCUUGAAUGAUUGAAUGACUUGAAUCCUGAUCAAAUUCCUGUUGUUUCUGCUUUAACCUAGAAUGAGAAUAUCUGCCUAGGUUGAUAGAGCACCCUUAAUUGAAGGUGGCGAAUUGGUGACUUUAGUCGAGGAGCCAAUUCGCUAUUCUGUACCGAAUUCAAUUCGGUAGUGGAGGUUUGGUUCGUUAGGGCCUCAAUCUGUUUACUCCGGUGGAGGUUAGUCGCCCGCUGGAGACUCAGAUUGAGAGGGUCUGGAGACCUUUAGUCGAGACUUCAGACUGUUUAAGAACCUUCCGCAGUAUAACUUUCAUGGAAACUGAACUUGGUAAAUUGCAAUCCGGCUUAACUGCAGUCUAGGGGGAACCAUAUCCGGGUGACCUCUCUCGACUUGAAACAACCAUUUAACUUGCUUUGUGUUUUUGCUUGUUUGAACCUGCACUUAAGUUUUACCGCUAGAUAAUAAGAAUUCACCGAGUAGUCAUCACAUCUAGGACCCGGGUUGACAUUAAAACCCAAACCCGCUAUACUACGCUUUAGGAAGUGGUUACACUUGGCCAAUUUCUAGAGUGACAGUAGGAGUGAGUCAAGUUUUUGGCGCCGUUGCCGGGGACCGCUAGGUUGUUGAAGAAACGUGAAUUCUGUUAAUUUAGCUUUUCUUUUCGCAUUGUUUGCUUUGUCCCACUUGUGCCUUCAUGGGUUUGCUUGCUUGAGUGUGUGCAGGUAGUGCAUGACUCGUAGCCAGUCGGGAGGUUUACUGCCGUUGAAUCCAGAGAUUGAACGCACCUGUCGCCAACUCAGGAGACAACAGCGAGCUAAACUGGCUACCGAGGAGCGCAUAGACGGCCAUUUGAGCAGCGAGUCCAAGGAGGAGUAGGAGAUGGAAGGAGAUUACAAUCCACACUAGGGGAAUCCUCACCAGGCUCCCCCGGUGAAUCAGGUCUUGGGGAACAACCCCAUACCCCAGGCAGAUGGGGUUCAUCAUCACCCACCGCCGCCGGGUCCCACUUUGGAGUACUACUACACUCCACAGAUUGCUGACAUCCGCCCGGUCAUCCUCUACCCGCCUAUUCCAGCGAACAAAUUCGAGAUCAAACCAUGCUGGAUUCAACUCAUUACAUCAUCUAUCCAGUUCCAUGGCUUGAAGGAUGAGGAGGCAAGGGUGCAUCUUUCCUGUUUUCUGCAGUUGACGAACGGGUUCAAGCUGAACGGUGUCCCUGAUGACGCAAUCCGCCUUCACCUCUUCCCCCAUUCUCUGACGGGGAAUGCUAAGAGGUGAUUGGAGACCCAGCCCCCAUUGUCCAUCACCUCUUGGGAUGAUCUGGCCGACAAAUUCGUGCGCAGGUACUACCCAGCAUCGAAGACCACAGAGAUCCAGCGGGAGAUCACUCACUUCCGCCAAGAGCCAGACGAGUCACUUCAGGAUGCAUGGGAGCGGUACAUGGGAUAUUUCUGGCAGUGUCCCCAUCAUGGCUUCAUUGAUGCAUUCACAGUGGGGAACUUCUACAGUGCUCUCUCCCCGGACAGCCAGAGGGUGAUUGAGUCUCUAUGCCGAGGAGGGGAUAUUCUCGCUAAGACUCCACCCGAGUUGAACCAAAUGAUCAGUACCUUGGCUGCCGGAGAUCACUCCUGGGGACAGAGCAGCAGAGGCAGAAAUUCUCGGGACCGUGGUGUGCACGCCAUGGAGGCCAGGUCCGAGCUCGAGCACCAGGUGGCGGAGUUAGUGCAGGCAUUGAAGCAGCCCAACAGUCUUAUUCCGGGCCGAGGUUUGGCUACACCUCCAGUAGCUCAAUGUCAGUGGUGUGAGAGCUCGAAUCAUCUGGUGGAGGACUGCCAGGCUAUGCGGGAGUCCUCUACACCCCAGGAGCAGUUGGCCUUCAUCGCCAAUGCGCGGCGCCUCGAUCCAUACAGUAACACAUACAAUGAGGGGUGGCGCCAGCAUCCCAACUUCGCUUGGAGUAGUAACACCACUAAACCACCUGGUUUCCCAGAGCCAGCAGGUGGUUUUCAGCAGAGGCAGCCUUUCCAGGCCAGACAGGGGCCAGUUCCAUCGCAACAGCCCUACCAGCCUAGACAGGGGCAGCCAUUCCAGCAGCCCCAGUGUCAGUAUGCCGAGCCAGCAGUAGCUCCAGCUCCAGAUAACCAGAUGACGGAGCUGAAAAACAUUUUAGCGGCAUUCAUGACUACCAGCCAAGCAAAUUUUGCCAGGAUAGACCAGAGCAUCGCCUCGCUGGAGGCAGGUCAGAGGAACCAAGGUGCUAUACUGCAGGACCUCCAACAUCAAAUUGGAGGAAUAGCCCGCCAGAACAACACCAGGGCACCGGGGACUCUACCUACCACCACCAUCCCCAAUCCACGGGAGCCGCACCAGUAGCUGGAUGCCAUUUUUACCAGGAGCAGCAAGACCAUCUCCGCUGAUCCUGCCCCGGCCAGGCAGGAGGAACCACUACCUGCUUCAGCACUUCCAGCCGACGAUGCAGAAGUGCGGGUGGAGAAGAAAGCCCUUGUUCCCAAGCCACAACCAGUGGUUAAGGAGCAUGUGCCCCAGCUUCCCUUCCCCACUCGCCUACACAAAGACAAGCUGGAGACUGAGUUUGCCAAGUUUAUGGCAAUGUUGAAGCAGCUCAACAUCAGCAUACCGUUUGUGGAGGCACUGUCAAAGAUGCCCAAGUACGCAAAGUUCAUGAAAGAUCUCCUCACUAACAAGAAGAAACUUGGGGAUCUAUUGACAGUGUUGCUGAGCGAGGAGUGUUCUGCUAUCCUGCGGAACAAGCUGCCCGAAAAGCACAAGGACCCAGGGAGUUUUACUAUCCCUCUUACUAUUGGCAGCAUGCAUGUAGGCAAGUCCUUGGCGGACCUAGGCGCUAGCAUAAAUGUCAUGCCAUAUAAGUUGUAUAAAAAGCUAGACCUAGGUGAACUUAGCCCUACUAGGAUGAGCAUUCAGCUAGCUGAUCGUUCCAUUGUGCAUCCUAGGGGGAUCAUAGAGGAUCUGCUUGUUAAUGUAGGUGCAUUCACAUAUCCUGUUGAUUUUGUUAUUCUUGAUAUACAUGAGGAUGUAGAUAUGCCCUUGAUUCUGGGUAGACCAUUUCUUGCCACCGCCAAGGCACUUAUUGAUGUGCAUGAUGCUAAACUGAUCCUGCGUGCUAGGAAUAAACAGGCUACUUUUUCUGUGACUGAAUUCGAUCACUGUGCUAUGAUUGCUGUCACACCUGUGCAUGCCAUUUCUGACCAGGUACACGAGCCUGUCGUGUAUCCUUCUGCAUCUCUCAUUUUGCAGGAUCCUCCUCUCACUCCUUCGCCGCCACUCCAUCCAGCCUCGCCUCCGAACAAAAAGAUCAAGGAGGAGUGGCGGCCUAAGCAGCAGGUUGCUAAGCCUGCACGGAAGAAAGGUGGAGACCACUAUGAUCUAGUUCCACCUCCUGCACAACGACCACCCUGGCCAUCCGAGUACUCACUCGCCUGCAUCUUGCCGGAUGGCCAGGUCGAGCUGACCAAUGCUGGUGGUCGCACCCGUCAGGUGCAUGGCCACAACCUGAAGCUGUACCUCAAGAGCGACGUGGAUCCGCUCUUGGAGGCACCUGUUCCUGCACCUCGCGGAGUAUCCACCAUGGGCCUCCAGCUAAAAGACGGUAAAGAAGCGCUUGUGGGGAGGCAACCCCACCACGGUUUUUGUUGAUUUCUUUUGUUUUGGGUCGGAUUGUGAACUGGUUUGGUUUUGGUUUGUUUUUGUUUUUGUUUUGUGAUGAUGUAUUAUUGGGCUGACAAUUGGACCUAACGAAUUGUGUUUGAGUUCUUUUGUUCCCUUUAGCUGUGCUUUGUUCCUGACUGGUCCUCUCUCCAGUCCGCUUCACUCCGAAUGGUCCGCUUCCAGUCUCCUACAGUCCGUGCACACCGGUAACAUCGUUCCCCUUUCCUUCCCUCUUCUCCAUUGAGGGCAAUGUCGAUCUUAAGUGUGGAGGGGAUGUUUAUCUUUUGACAGCAUUAGAUCUGUUUGUGUGCUUGGAGCCUAGUCCACUGUCCAAAUUUUUAAAUUUGAGGGCUCCAAGUACGUGUUCCUUGCAAUUGCCUGCUCAGUAUGCUUUGAAUUGACAGUCUCUUUAGUAAUGUGCAACCUAGGGAGGUAGUGUAGCACUAUGGAGGAUGUUGAUGCAUUUAAGAAGUCUCCUUUCUUCUUCAUAUUGUGUUGGUUGAUUGUGUGAAUUAGUGAUCUUAGGACCCUUGAAUUGUGUGGUGAUGCGGACUCUCUACCUGUCAUGGACUCCUGUAUCAUGUUUAAACAUAAAAGGUGCUCUAAAAUGUGCUUUAAAAUAACGUCUCCCGUGCGAAUAGGGCGAAAGUGUGUAAGGGGAGACGGGAAUCCGUUCCCAAUUUCCACCUACUACUUCCAGCCCCCUUACAUGUCUUUCCCCCGCACGAGACUCGAGACACCCGAUCCUGGCAUGGCCGGUAAGAGCCGAGCUUCCACAAAACCUAUGCUAGGUGGGAGCCCCCAUUUUCUGAAAAAACAGGUUGGAACCUUUGAAAAAAAAAACAGAAAAACAAGCAAUAAAGAAAGAAAAGGGGUUCCAACCAUCUUUAAAAAGAAAAUAGAGCACUUUAAAAAAGUGAGUCCAUGAUCUUUUGUUUUUGAGAGUCCACCCAUCCACGAUUCAUUUGUCCUUUGUUCACUAUUUGCCAUGAUGCCGACUCGAGACUAGCGCUCUCGCCGAAGAAGCUAUGAGAUGACUUGUGCGUCGGUUGACCUCGUAAGCUGCUAAAUGAUCUAGGAAAUCCUCUACCUAUGAUCGGGGUUGUUGGUUUCUAUAGAGGUCUGGAGAGUUGCAUUGGUUUGAGUUAGGUUUACUUGGGGACAAGCAAACGGUUAAGUGUGGGGGAGUUUGAUAGACUGAUAAUUGCACAUGUUUUUACCCCUAUUCUUGAGCCGUUUGAGAUGUUGAUUCUCGUGUUUUAAGCCAAUUUCACGCGAGGUUGUACGUUUAUGUCAUAUUUCAGGACCCGGCGUUGGAAUCGAGGCGAAGGAACGAGAUUUGGGUCGAAAGGAGCAAGUGAGGCUUGAAGUGUGCUAGAGAGCAAAAAUACCCGGCAAUGAGCAGAAACACCCGACCGGGUAUUAUCUGGCCAUGACCGGGGAUUUUUGGCUUUGGGCGUCCGUGAGAAACAGAAGGGGGCCUGGGCAGGAGGCAAAAACCCCCGGUCGGGGAUUCUUGGGCCAGACCGGGGAUUUCCCCUGAGGCAAAAACAGUGCGUUUCAAUUAUACCCGGUCGCGACCCAAAAUACCCGACCGGGUAUUUCGACCGGGUAUCGCGACAGUCAGCCUUUUAAAGGAAAAGAAGGCCAAAAAUCAAGGGUUCCUAGUUUUAGAGAGACAGAGCGAUUCCUAGAGAGAGAAAGCGACGAACCAGAGUUCCCAAGUGCCAUAGCUUGAUCUUCAUCACCAUUGGAGCCCGGCUUGAGCUUGGAGAAGUGCCGAUUGACAACCAGGAGCAGAAACUCAUCCUUCACAGUAUGAUUUCCGCGUCUGAAUCUGCUUUUGCUUCUCUCUCCAUGGAGUAGUUUUCCCAUUCAUCUGGGUAUGGAGAACCCUAGAUUUGUAUGUUAGGUCUGAUUGUAUGAACCCAAGUACAGAUUUCAUGAGUUGAUUAUAUUUGAUUGAGGCUUGAAUGAUUGAAUGACUUGAAUCCUAAUCAAAUUCCUGUUGUUUCUGCUUUAACCUAGAAUGAGAAUAUCUGCCUAGGUUGAUAGAGCACCCUUAAUUGAAGGUGGCGAAUUGGUGACUUUAGUCGAGGAGCCAAUUCACUAUUCUGUACCGAAUUCAAUUCGGUAGUGGAGGUUUGGUUCGUUAGGGGCUCAAUCUGUUUACUCCGGUGGAGGUUAGUCGCCCGCUGGAGACUCAGAUUGAGAGGGUCUGGAGACCUUUAGUCGAGACUUCAGACUGUUUAAGAACCUUCCGCAGUAUAACUUUCAUGGAAACUGAACUUGGUAAAUUGCAAUCCGUCUUAACUGCAGUCUAGGGGGAACCAUAUCCGGGUGACCUCUCUCGACUUGAAACAACCGUUUAACUUGCUUUGUGUUUUUUCUUGUUUGAACCUGCACUUAAUGAUGCGACCCCGCUCACCCCGCAUGACGUCACUCAAGCUCAAACUAGAUACCUACAUGGACCAUGGUUCAAGAGACGAUUUAAGAGGUUUAAAGAGAGCUUGAAAGCAUUCAAGGUGGAAGAAAAGGUCUUUGCAAGCAAGGCCUACGAGUUUGUUGAUGUGAAAUCAAUUGGCAGAAUAUAUAAUUCUCGUGGUCCAAAGAUGAAGGUCCGAGUACGACGAUACAAGGAUCAAAUGGGAUCAUUCUUGAUGGACGUGGACUUGCUAGAAGGAAAGUCCAUCACGUUGCUACGAUUUAUGGACUAGAAUGAAGAGAAGAUGGGCUUGGUAGAAGGAAGGAAGAUCUCCCAUGGUGUGAACACAAGGUGUGAAAAGGAGUACAAGUGUGAAAGGAAUAUCAGGUGUGAACACAAGCCAUGUGAGGGAGGAUUGCAAGGCUAGAAUCUAGGGAGUUGUUGACCAAGUCUUUUACUUGUCUUUUAAGGAUUGUGUUUUCCUUUUACUUGUCUUUUAAGGAUUGUGUUUUUCCUUUUACUUGUAGGACUUGUUUUUCAUUUUAAGCUUUGGAUUUGUGUUAGCUAGUCUAUAAAUAAGAGGCUGAGUUCCUCAUUGUAACUCAUUCUAUUAUCAAUCAACUUUCAAGUUUCAAGUUCAAACGAACUGGUUCUUUGUGCAAGCUUCUGUCGAGAGUGCUCCAGAGGUUUCACGUGUCUCUUAUCAACUAGAGAAUGCGUCUAGUUGUGGCGAGCUUCUACCCUAUAUCAAUUGCCCCUUUCAACGAGUUGGUGUUGUCCGAUUGGUUUAAUAUACCAAUUGCCCUUCAUCACGAGUUAGGAAUUGUCCGAUUGAUUCCGCAUCUAUCUUUAUUUUUCGAGUUCAAGAAAGGCGACAUCAGAAAAUCAUAAAAAUAUCGUUGAAGCUGCGUACUUUGAUCACAUCACUUAAGUUUUACCGCUAGAUAAUAAGAAUUCACUGAGUAUUCAUCACAUCUAGGACCCGGGUUGACAUUAAAACCCAAACCUGCUAUACUACGCUUUAGGAAGUGGUUACACUUGGCGAAUUUCUAGAGUGACAGUAGGAGUGAGUCAGGAAUCUGCUCAUGGCGGCUAUUGCCCAAGGGUUUCUCUUCGUCGCUCUCUCUGUCUCUAGGGUGCUUUUUCUGCCAUUAUAACUCAGUAAAAUCUGGAUCCUUUGCAUUUUUCACGAGAAACCCUUUAAUAAGCUGAGAAUCCGCGUGUUACGGCCGUAACUUGGAUUGCCCGCCCGUAACUCUCCAGAAAACAACGUCGUUGCUGCACUCCGUAAACCAAGAGUUACGGCUUCUUUGGAGGAGUUACUACCUCGAACGUAACUUGAAGAGGAAGACUGUAACUCAAAAAACGUUUGUGGAACUGUCGCUGCCCAGGAGCAAUGGUUGAGUUACGGUCCAGACCAUAACUUCGAAGGUCUGGCCGUAACUCCAAAAAGCUCUCUAGAACCUUGGCAUUCUUCACUCGACAGUUACAGCUCCUUGAGGGGAGUUACGGGCCAGACCGUAACUUGCAAGGUCUGGCUGUAACUCCCAUGUACUCGCUGCUCAUUCGCUCCAGAAUGUCCCCGAAACUCACUCCUUCGUGCCCGUUCAUGCACUAAGACCUGAAACAUCAUAAACUAACACACACAAGCGUAAAACAAGCCACGAGAGGGAUAAACCAGACUCAAAUGAUCAAGAAAUGAUGGGAAAAUCAUGUUUGAAUAUAGUGUUAUCAAAUUCCCCACACAUAACCGUUUGCUUGUUCCCAAGCAAACCAAAUCAGACACCCAAUAAGCUCAAAAUGUUUUAACCAUGCAAACCUUGGGGACAUACCAGAGAGACACAAAAUACGUGAAUCAUACUGGCUACUAGGCAUCAACAUAUGAACAACAGCAACAACAACCUGGUCAACCACCACCGAUGACAUCCAAGUGCAGCAAAAUCGGAUAAAGGAAGAGCCCCCUUCUGUUCACCGACCAACAUAGACUCGACUCAACCACUCAUUCAACACAAUAACCUCAUGCAUAGAAUUUAGGACAUUAGAAUCAAGACCGAGCAAUCUAGGUACUCAUCGGGAUAUAUAAUAUGAAAACGAAUUGCUCACUCUCAACUAGUGGAGUCAGGACAAAAUUUGAUGCAAGAUGUGUGCAUACUCAUACUCUCAUUCCCGAACGUCUCUUCCCAUGACAGAUAGCCUCUAAAUGCUAGAGCUCACAUAUCAAAUGUCACCACUAAAUAAUCCAGAGGUCUUAGACACAGGUUCAGAUGACGUGCUAGGGUCUUGGACAUGGGGAAAAUGCCUUUUAGGUGGUGGAAUAAUUCAUAGCACAAGUUUACAUACUUCCAAACCCAGCAAAAUGACAUUCAACCAAACCAGUUACUUUCUUUUUCUACUAUUCUGCAUCAUCCACGUUUUAAGAGCACAUAAGUGAAAAAGGUACAAUAUCAGCAUUUCCCAGCCAAACUGCUAAGAAACACCACUUGUUAUGGGCACUAUUAAAAUUUAUGGUGGCAGCUCUCUUCUGCUUAUUAGUUUUCUUUUUUUUCAUUUUAAUUUUUCUUCGAUUAGAGAGCUAAAACGUGCCACCUUCAUUAUCUUUUUCAUGCACCUGCCCAACUUUUUUAGAACGGCCUGCAACACUCACAUACUAUUCAGCAGAACAUCAGAAAGCAUGCAAAAACCACUCCGUGGAACCUCUGCGAGAUGUGAAAAGGUGAUUUUUCUUUGUAGACACCAAGAAAGAAAGGUACACGGCUCAAAUGGGCAGACUAGGGGGUAUGACACACCAGGAUAGUCAAUUUGGUCGUGGGCUAAACCUAUGCCUCCAUCAUCUUAAUUAGUGACAAUGUGAAUGCUACACAUCAUGGAAGAGGGAUCUAUCACACAAGAAAGAAAUGAGCAGGCUCAAAUCUCACAUGGCUACAUAUAUGCAUAGUCUCACAUUAUGAUCCCCAGAACUAGAUGCAUAAACAACUGUAACAAAAGGAGUGAUCAAUCUAAGUCCUGGUAAACGAACAGUCGAAAAAUUGAACCCCUACCCAACUCUACUGCAUGUCUCAGUCAUCAUAAUAGGUUGUCCUAGUCACAAACAAGUUACCACGCAUCCAUGCUAAUAGCUAAUCGAUUCACCACAUACAAUCACAGUGCCAAUAUGAUCAUGCAAACAUCAGUACUUGGAGCCUUCAAAUCUCAAGAUUUGGCAGUGGACUAGGCUCCAAGCACACAAAUAUAUCUUGCAACCAAAGAUACACACCCCCACACUUAAGCAUGACAUUACCGGGAAAACGGACUGCAGUGGGACUGACUUGGGACCAGUCAGGAGGGCCAAACCGGAAGGACCAGAUUCUGUAAAACAUGGCAAGGCACAACAACAACCACUCACACGGUGUAAGAGUUAGGAACAUAAGUGUAAGCCCCAUGGAACACAAUAAAAAAACACACACCGAAAUCCAGUUCGACUCAAAACCACAAAACAUCAAAGCACACAACACAAGGAACUUGCGAUCAAGCAUCAAUCCUCCUCGUCAUCAUCCUGAAGUGGAGAAGGGUGCCAGAAGGUCUGGGUCAUGUCCAUGUCAGCUUCCGAGCACAGGCACUCCAGCAGGAAGUGAGUGUAAUGCUUGUCGUCGCGCUCAUGAUCCAAGCUCGCCUUCAUCCGAUCAAAGUGAGCCUCCAUGGUGGCCCAGUAGCCGGCGACUGGUACAUCUAAAGAAAACCCGGCACCAGGGUCACGGGGAAGAACUGCAGCGGGUCCUGGAGGGGUGGAGGUGGUGGAGGCUCGGUCGCCGCCGCCUCAUCAAACUCUUCGGUCGCAGGCCGUUGAUCCAUCGAAUUUGCGAGUCGGUCCUCGUGACUCGAAUCAUCCCCAUGGAGCUCAGGGUCUCAUCGGGGAAGUCUGUGACACGUCCGACUAAGGUGCAGUCCUCAAGUGGCACACUAAAGUACCGAGCAAGUUGAGUGAUGAAGGCCCCUCCGUGUAGAGUGGUGACCUUCGAGUGGUUCCUCACUCGGGAGAAGGAGAUCGCGAGAAUAUAGCUAAGGUUGAGGCCAUCCUUGGCACAACUCAUAGAACACUAGAAGAGAAUAAUGGUUUAGAGUCGGUUGCUUUGUGUCGGUUCAUUUAACCGACGAAAUUUUUUUGUUUUGCGUCCCCAUUUUGUGUCAGCUCAAUGACCGACUCUAAAUUUUAUGGAUUUGUAUCGUUUAAGUUUGAACCGACGCAAGUUUCAUGAAUUUGUGUCGGUUAUCAAAAAGACCGAUACAAUGUUUUGUGGUUUUGUGUCGGUUAUAUUGGGAACUGACACAAAUGUUAAUGAAAUUUUGGUUCCAACAUGAAAAUUUCUAAUUUUUUAAAGGGCGGCCAAUUUUCACUUGCCACUCAAUUUUGCCUAUACAGCCCACUGAAUUAAUCCCCAAAUAAUUGAAAUCUCCAUCCAAAAAUUAUCUUUCGUACUUUACUCUUCCAUCACAUUCUUUAUUCGUUCUCCCAACCCUUCUUUUUUCCUCUCCUUCCUUCUUGACAGUGGCACGACAAAAAAUGACUCCCCCGGCCAACCAAUCCUCUCCUCCAAUCAGACCAUCCUCAUCGCCAUUGCUCCGCUUCCACCACCAUUUAACUCCCAACAGGACUGCGAGGACGAAGGAGAUGAAGACCCGCCACGAGGCAUGAACCUACUCACCGUCUUCUCCUUCUGCAAGCAAACUCUACUCCGUAAAGAGACGAGCACCACCUCAUAGCCGUAUGUUGGCGCCUCCUCACCGUUGCCCAAACUCCUUCCUAGAUGUCGUCAUCGCACGCCUCCUUGUUGUCGCCGCACCGAGUAGAGGCCUUAUCAUCGGAGCUCCUUCCCAUCCACCACUGUCGCGCUGUGCCUCCCCCUUCGUCGCAUCGAGUAGAGCUCGCCUUCCUGAAUGAGUCACCUGUGCGCCAUUUCCAGGGUUGAAAGGGUAUCGAAUGUUGGGUUUGGGGUUUGCGUUUUUAGGGUUUGAAAGGGUUACAAUUGUGGGUUUGGGGGUUUCGAUUGUUGGGUUGCAUUUGGGGGUUUUGUUUUCUCGGUCUCAAAGGAUAGAUCCCGUACACAUUAAAGGUAGAGCAUGUUGGGUUUUCUAGUUUUCUAGGUUUUUGUUUUUUUGGGUAGAGAAUUGAUGAGGAGGAAGCGGAAGAGAUUGGCAAAGAGGUGGAGAGGGGAGCUAAGAGGAAGAGAUUCGACGAUGAUGAUUUCGGGAGCUGGGUUACUAAACCCAAAAUUGAGUAGAGGAAGAAGAAAGUGGUGAUUGGAACCCAGAUUGGAGGAUUUGUUUGAGGAGAACGGCGAGGAGGGCGAACGCAGCUUGUGGCGGAGACUUUUGUCGGGCGAAGAGCUGGAUAUUUUUUUAUUAAAAAUUUAAAUUAUUU